AUGUUUGUCAUCUACUUGAUGAGUAUCACAACUAACCGUAGAAUCUGGAAUGCAUUGCAUAUGUCAAGAAACUUGACUAUCAUCGACAAAGUACUAUCUGCAGAAACUUUGGACAAGGAAAGUUGCAGCCUAUGUAUUUAUAAGCAGCAGAUGGAUACAAAGUAUCAGACUACAGAUUCGAAUACCUUGAACGAGUCUCAAAGAGGGGCUGUUCUGGCUUGCCUUGGAAGAGCUCGUUGCAACCAUAGGUCCGGUUUGGAACUCAUUAAGGGCCCUCCAGGGACUGGGAAGACCAAAACUGUAAGCACAUUGCUAGUUGCUCUUUUGAAGAUGAAAUGCAGGACGCUGACUUGUACACCAACAAAUGUUGCAAUAAAAGAAGUAGCUUCAAGGGUCGUCAAGCUCUGGAAAUCGGAAUCAUCUGCAAACCAGAACAAUGCUGCUGCAGGUUUAGGGGAUAUUCUCUUGCUUGGGAAUGAAGAGAGACUUAAGCUGGGCCCAGAAGUGGAAGAGAUAUACCUGGGUUAUCGAGUUGAAAAGCUUUGGGAGUGCUUUAAACCUCUCUCUGGAUGGCAGCACCACCUCGAUUGUACCAUCGACUUUCUUGAACAAUGUGUUGUUCAGUUCUCUGAUCAUCAGGAAACUGAAAGGAAGAAUGAGCAAAAGACGAAUCUUGACAGCAAAUUCAAUGGGGGGCAAGGAAGAACCGAAAUGAGCUCGAAGGAAACGAAGUACAAAUCAUUUCUCGAGUAUGCAAGAGAUAGAUUUCGGCACACAGUUUUGCCAUUCAAGAAUUGCAUGAUAACUUUGUGUGUUCAUGUUCCAGAAAGCUUUAUGGGGAGAGAGGUUAUUGAAAAGAUCCAAUGUGUCAUCGAUUUAAUCGAAACCUUCAGAAGUUUGUUAUUCUGUGAUAGUGUGUGUUCCAAGGAGGUGGAACAGCUUUUUCGCCAUCCUCAAUUGAUCGAAGAUUCUUCCCGGUAUUUUGCUGCUGCAUCCGAAGAGCUCUGCCACAGAAGAACAGGCUGUAUAUUGACAUUGAAAGAUCUGAGUAAAACUCUGGUGGCAGUUGGGUUUCCAGUUUUCAGGAAAAAGUAUGAAAUCCCAAUCUUCUGCUUCAAUCAAGCUUCUCUCAUUCUCUGCACAGCAGCUACUUCAUACAAGCUUCAUUCAGUGCGGAUGAAGGAGCCACUCGAGGUUUUGGUGAUUGAUGAAGCUGCACAACUGAAAGAAUGUGAAUCCGCAAUACCUCUGCAAUUGCCUGGUAUCAGGCAUGCCAUUCUGAUAGGAGAUGAGUGCCAAUUACCAGCCAUGGUUCAAAGCAAGGCUUGUAGUGAAGCUGAGUUCGGAAGGAGCCUUUUUGAAAGGCUAACUUUGCUAGGGCACCCUGUGCACCUCCUGAAUAUACAAUACAGGAUGCAUCCAUUGAUAAGCUGUUUUCCCAAUUCAAUCUUCUACUCUGGUAAGAUUCAAGAUGGAGACAAUGUGAAAAGCUCAACUUAUGGAAAAAAUGGAUAUCUUCCAGGCCCGAUGUUUGGUCCCUAUUCAUUUAUGAGUGUAACUGGCGGAAGGGAAGAAUUCGAUGAUGUUGGACGUAGCAGGAGAAAUAUGACCGAGGUAGACAUUGCGCUGAAAUUGGUGAAGAAUCUUUACAAAGGAUCCAAGGAGAAGAAACUCUCCAUCGGUCUGAUAUCACCAUAUUCAGCUCAAGUGAUUGCAAUCAAGAAGAAACUUGGUAAUGAGUUUGAGCAGAAAGAUGGCUUCUCAGUGAAAGUCAAGUCGGUAGAUGGGUUCCAAGGUGGCGAGGAAGAUAUCAUCAUCAUAUCAACUGUGAGAUCCAAUGAAAGUGGGGCAAUUGGUUUUCUCUCUAAUGCUCAAAGGACCAAUGUCGCACUCACAAGGGCAAGAUACUGCAUGUGGAUUCUGGGAUGUGGGAGGACCUUGAUGAGUAGUGAUUCUGUUUGGCAAAAGCUAGUCUACGAUGCAAAAGCUCGCGAUUGUUUCUUCGACGUUGAUCAACUUGAACACAUGCUCCCAGGAGACGGAAAUCCCAGAAGAAAGGUUCAGCUGAAUGAUUACUUCAAAGGGUUCUCUCGAAGGCAGACCACUAGAAGCAGGGCAUCUGAGAUGAAGGACAAUUGGAGGAGUAGUGGGAGUGAUGAGGAUUAUGAAAGGCUUCAAGAGUUGAUUAUCAACAAGGUCUGUUAG